AUGGAUACCCGCCGGGACGAAACUAUCAGUGUCUCUGAAGGGCAAUGCCUCUGGGCUCUUGGGCGACUGCUUCCAAAAGUCCCGGUUCCGGAAAUAUACCGCUGGUCCACCGAGGAUGGCUACGUGCUUCUUUACGUGGAGAUGGUGAAAGGCGUCACCGUCGAGAAAUGUUGGCCAUCGAUGACUGAGGAUGAGAAGAUAAGCUUCUGGGGCAGACUGAAAUCUAUAGUCUCGAAUCUACGAAGGCUGUGUCAAGACCCUGAUGAUCGGGUUCUUGGCCGAAUUGAUCGUAGCCCUUGUUAUGACAUCUCUAUCACCAAUUCUAACAGGCCUCCAGCUGGCCCUUUCACCUCUGUCAAGGGUUUCCAUGACUGGCUCUCAAUCAUGAUCAGACAAGGCAUUGAAGAGCAUUGGCCAGGAAUGAGGCCAGAAGAGAUCCCCGAUCCCUAUCGUGAAAUGCUUCCAGACGACGCCCAUGUUGUCUUCACCCAUGUUGAUCUCCAUCCCAGCAAUAUUAUAGUCAGCCGAGACUGUCCGUCUACGAUCGUGGCACUUGUGGACUGGGAACAGUCUGGCUGGUAUCCUGACUAUUGGGAGUUCUGUAAGGCCGAAUACACAUCCGAAAUUGGUUCAGAAUGGCAUGGGUAUAUGCUGAGAUUCUUGGAAGAACCUAAAGCGCUAGAUGGAUUCAUCGAGUAUACUAGAGCACUGGGUUAUUGA